AUGCCAGGUAAACCUACAAAGCGAAAGGCUGCAGUAGAUACAAAGGCGAAGAAGACGCCGACUAAGAAAGUCCGUGUUGAUGAUGGUGGAGCAUCUAGCGAUUCUGGACACGGGCUCAGGUGGAUUAACGUUGGCGACGCGCAUGGUGGAUUGUAUCCUCUGAUUGCCUACACCUCCGACACACUAGAGGGCGUGGAGAAAGUUGCCGGUUUUGACAUCGAUUUCACCAUUAUCAAAACGGCAAGUGGGAAAAAGUUCGCAACAGGACCCAGCGACUGGAUGUUUUGGGACGACAAGGUGAUAACAAAGUUGAAAGAGCUUCACAACGAUGGAUACAGAGUGGUGUUCUUCACAAACCAAGGCGGUAUCGAAAAGAACAAAGUGACUGUCAGUGGUUUCCAGUCCAAAGCUGAAGCCAUCAUCAGGGACCUGGACAUUCCUGUCAUGGUGUUUGCCAGCACAGGAACCAACAUGUACCGGAAGCCUUAUACUGGGAUGUGGGACUACUUCACAGAAAACUGUAACCAAGGUGUCAAGGUGGACAAAUCCCAGUCCUUGUACGUCGGUGAUGCUGCCGGAAGAGCCAAGAACUGGGCCAAAGAUAAACCAAAAGAUUUUUCUUGUAGUGACCGAAUGUUCGCAGCCAAUGUUGGAGUCAAAUUCUACACGCCAGAAGAGUUUUUCUUUGACCAGCCUCCGGCUCCAUUUCAGUGGCGAUCAUUUGACACAAAAGAGUUUUUGAAAAAAAAUCCUCCCAUUUCCAAACAGGCAGACAAAUCAGACUAUACUAGCAAGACGCAGGAAGUUAUUGUCAUGGUGGGUCCCCCGGCUACAGGAAAGAGUACAUUCCGCAAGCGCUACCUAGAGCCCCAUGGCUACGUGACCAUAAACAGAGACACGCUGGGUACCAUGGCCAAAUGUUUAAAGGUCGCUGAACAAACUAUUCAAAGUGGCAAGAGUAUUGUAGCUGACAACACCAACCCAUCCGUGGCUAAGAGGUCAGAGUUCAUAUCUCUGGCACAAGAUGCAGGAAUCCCAUGCCGAUGCAUCUGGAUGCAAACACCGAUAGAGCUGGCACAUCACCUGAACAUGUUUAGACAACGACAAACCAAGGAUGCAGUUCGCAGGGUACCAGAUGUUGGAUACAACAUUUUCAAGAAAGACUUUCAGGCGCCAACAACAGCAGAAGGCUUCACAGAAAUCAUUAAAGUGAAUUUUACUCCAAGAUUUGACGACAAGUCAGAUGAAGAAUUGUUUCAGCAUUGGACGGAUUAA